AUGACAUCACAUUCAACAAUGAAUUUAGGUGUUCUCGGUACUGGCUGGAUUACAGAGCGUUUCAUCGAUGCUGCACGCCAUGACAAGCGCUAUAACAUCGUUGCCGUCUGCUCAAGAUCAAUGGAAUCCGCUAAAAAGUUUGCUGAAAAGAAUGGAAUUCCGAAUACCUUCGAUAAUCUCGAUGCUAUGCUCGAUUCCGGACUCAUCAACUGCAUGUACGUCGGAACACCAAACUCAACUCACCGCGAUAACUCAAUCAAGGCCCUUGACAAGAAGAUUCACGUUAUUUGCGAGAAACCACUCGCAGCUAAUGCUCAACAAGCCGAAGAAAUGAUCAAGAAGGCUGAAGAGAAGGGUGUUGUCUUAAUGGAAGCCAUGCGUCUUACUCCAAGCCCAGUUUUCCAGGCUGCCAAGCAAAAUCUCUCCAGAGUUGCUCCAGUUCACAAGUAUGUUGCUAACUUCUGCCAACUCUCAUCCAAACUUACAAGAUUCCAUGCAGGAGAACACUUCAGUGCCCUUUCUCCAGAAACUGCAGGCGGAUCUAUCAUGGAUCUUGGCGUUUACUGCGUUUAUCCAAUGAUCUCAUUAUUCGGUGCACCAACAAAGGUCAUUGCUUCAGGUUCUCUCCUUCCAACAGGAGUUGAUGGUGAAGCAUCAAUUAUCUGCCAAUACCCAGACAUGACAGCAGUCAUAAUGUGCGCUAAGACAUGCCAGACAUUCCAAUGCAGCGAAAUCAUGGGUGAACAAGGCACAAUCGAAAUUGAUCAGAUGGCAACAAUGAGAGAAACUCGUUUUGUUGCACCAAAGGGACAAAAGGAAGUUCUCCGUACAAGCGAUUACGAAAACGACAUGGUUUACGAGUGCAUUGAAUUUGCUGAUGUUGUUCUUGGCGGAAAGAAGGAAUCUGAGAUCAACUCUCACUUCUGCUCCCUCGAAACAAUGAAGGUUCUUGAUGAGGCCAGAAGACAACUUGGCAUCAAAGUUUAA